AUGGCCGACCCAUUUUUGUGGGAGCAUUGCGUGCUGGGCUUCACCCUCCUUGGCUAUGCAGUUCUCUCAAUCAAUGCCUACAUCAAUCGACGCAAGCGCUUGCGGCUGUCCGAGCAAUCGAAGACGAUGUCAGAGUGUGAGAAGUGUUCAGUAGAAAUCGCCAACAGCCUGCUUCCCGAUGUCAAAGUACCAGACUACCGCUUCAAGGGCAUGCACUUGAAGAUGUCCGGGAUUCGCAUCGGCUUUGACCACCUGGGCGUGAAGCUCAAAUCCACGGGACGGACCAUCCUGGAAGGCGUCAGUGGUGAAUUUCGCCCCAAGAGGGUCGCAGCGAUCAUGGGACCCUCUGGCGCCGGGAAGACGACCUUCUUGAACGCUUUGUGUGGUCGGGCCACCUACGGCACCACUAGCGGUUCCAUCCGCAUCAACGGACAGAGCAGCAGCAUCGCGGAGAUCAAGCAGCUUCGAGGUUUCGUUCCACAGGAUGACAUCGUCCAUGAACACUUGACCGUGCGAGAGCAGCUCUACUAUUCUGCGCGUUUGCGCAAUGCGGAGGGCACUCCACCAGCAAUGAUCAACAACAUCGUUGAAGAUGUGUUGAACGUCAUGCAGCUGCUGGAUGUACAGCACAGCCUGGUUGGAGAUGUGGAGAAGCGUGGCAUCAGUGGAGGACAACGAAAGCGAGUGAACAUCGGUUUGGAGCUUGCAGCACGUCCUACCAUUUUGAUGCUGGAUGAGCCGACCAGUGGCUUAGACGCCAGCACUGCUUUGGAGAUCAUUCGCUCGGUGAAGCGGCUCACCGCCAUAGGUAUGACUGUGGUGAUGGUCGUGCACCAGCCGCGCUACUCCCUGUUCACACUCUUUGAUGAUUUGCUUUUGCUUGGUCUUGGUGGCCGAACGGUCUACUUGGGCAAAAGUGAGGGCGCGCUUCCCUACUUUGGCAAAUUGGGCUUUGAGAUGCCCUUGCACGAGAAUCCAGCGGAUUGGUUCAUGGAUGUGAUCUCCGGAAAGGUGAGGAACGAGAAGAAUCCAACUUUGCAGCCAAGAAAGUUGGCAGAUGCAUGGGCUGAAUUCAUGACGAAUUUGUUUGAUUCAGGUGACUUGGAGUUGGGACCGGAUGCAGCUGAAGGGCCGAUGGACAGGUUCGCAUUCACGAAGGCUUUGGAUGCUAAACUGUUCAGUGCAGGAUUUGGAGAGAAUGAUGUGUUGAGCCAGGAGCAGUUCGUAGACUUCCUAGACUUCUUGAAGGUAAAGAAGCCAACUCCUGCAGCAUGGGAAUGUCUAAUGGAACGCAUGGACUUUCAGGACGGCUUUAUCACUCGGCCGAGGUUGACCUCUUUCCUUCAUGCUUUGACGUUCUCCUUCUCCCAGGAUGCAGGCAAAUCUGAAGGGGAUUUCACAUCCUCUGAGGCCUCAAGCAUUUCCAUAGGCUCUUCCAAAGAGAGCUCCGUGAGUGGAAUUCUCACCAGCAAGAAGAUUGGACGUCGUGGGCGCUUUCUGAUCCAGUACCCCAUUUUGCUCCAUCAGAAUAGUAUCCGUUGGGCAAGGGACUGGAAGCACAAGCUCAUCAGCACUGGUCUCAUCAUGUUCGCAGCCGCCGUGUUUGGGGGACAAUGUCGCGAGAAGCUGAUCCCCGAAAACAUUUUAUGUCCCCUGAAGAUCAACAUCUCCCAUCUCCCCAUUGGGACCCUGAGCGGAAUAGCAUGUCUCCACAUCUUCGGUUCAGAUCGGCCUUUGUUUUGGCGUGAGAGUGCCAGUGGAGUGGGAGUCACUGCCUUCUAUCUUGCCAGAGUGACCGUGUCCCUCUUCGAUGUGCUGGUCUGGUGCUAUUUGUACACAAUCGUGUGGAUGAUCUUUGCUGAAGCACCUUGCAGCUAUUGGAUGUGGCUGAUUGCAUUUCGGAUGACUGCGGUCAGUGCCAGUGGCGUGGGUGUCUUUAUGUCGACCCUGGUGCCGAAGCAGAACUCGACUCUUGCGACUGCGGUGCUCCUGCUGGUCAUGGGUGGCGCACUCAGUGAACCUCAGGUGAUUGCAGAAGCCGAAGGUCUCAGCAGUGCAUUGGCAUUCCUAUCUCCAUUCACUUGGUCUCAGGGGGAGAACUACUUGGCGCUGAUCGAGGUCAGUGGUGGAGAAGAGGCCGUGGACUUUUAUGCCGUAAUGAUCGUCGACGGCUACAAGAAAAUCCUACUAUGCUUGGGUGGAAGUGACCUGGGCUACUUGACCUUGGCCUAUAUCUUCUGCGGUGUGUUCGGAUUUCUUGCGCUGAUCUUUGGGUAUAUUGGGCUUCGGUUUUCUCAUCGUGGCAAACAGGCAUAA